GCGACGAUAGAAAAAGUCUUUUUAAAAAACUUAACUCUUGAGCCGCUAAAUUAUGGAAUUUCGAAAAUCACGGUAAAAAAUUAUCAGAAUAGAUCGUCAAAAAUCGGGUUUCCCUAACGUGCGGUAAGUUGGAAUUCCGGAAAAGAGACUAUAUUCAGUUAACCUCCAGUGCUUCCUCACUAAACAACUAUAGUUUCGUAAUGGUUUUUCCGUCAAUAGUCUGGGGUACAAAAAAGUUUAAUAAAAACGCGUAGUAAUCGGUUAAUGUGCGAUUAGGUUACGAAAGUUCUAUGAGUGUAACGCAAUGAUGUUGCGGGUAAACUAAUCUACGAUGAAGAAAUGAACGCGAAUUCCAUUGUGCGGUGCAUUUCCGAUGGUGAACGUCUUUGAAAUUGUCCUUUCUCAUUGAAUUAUUACGUUCUCUGCAACCUUGUGUUCUUCAUACAACAUUGGUCAGUUUGUGGCUCGAACUUUAAAUCGCGAUGAUGUUGCUGCCAUCGCUCCUAUGCGUUCUCUUCAUUCUAACUGCUGUUGAAUCGCAAAUGGCCGACAGUGGAAGACCAACUCGACAGAAUACCGGCGACGUCGCCUAUCGAUUAUCGCGUCUCGAGGUCAUCUUGGUUGAAAAAUUGGACAACAUUAGAAACGACCUGCGCGACUUUUCGAAUCGGAUCCAGGAAUUAGAAUUGAAAUUUAGCGACUCUCAGGCUGUUUUUGAAGGCUUUCGAGGGGAUCUUAAUCGAAUAUAUCAGCAGAUUUCCACCCCAUCGACCCAGACGCAGCCACCACCUCCGCGGGAACCUCCGUCGUCGGGUACUUCGUCCCAACUCGAACCGCGCGUCGAGAAUUUGGCCAAAGGAGUACAAAUUUUGAUCGCCGCAACAAGAGCGUUAACUUCCGAUGUCUUCGGGCUGAAGAAGAACGUUUCACUUUUGUUGAACGAUACUAGAUCGUUCCUUGUGCUCACUCCUCAACUAGUCACGAAACAGUUUCUCAACAACGGUCUUCUCGAACUCAAGCAACGCCAAGUUCAGUUGUUGUCUGAAAAUACCUGUCCAAAAAGCGACACCGCUAGCAGUACCCUUCCGAGAAAUUGUCGCGAGGUCUUCGCGGCGGGUCAGCGGAAAUCGGGCAUUUACCGUAUCCAUCCCGAUCCUUCGUCAAAACCAUUUAUGGUAGUCUGCGACCAGGAAACUCGGGGAGGCGGUUGGACCGUUAUUCACAACCGUUACGACGGUUCUCAAGAUUUUUACCAAAAUUGGCAAGAAUACAAGCACGGCUUCGGUAAUUUGGGCGGAGAGUUCUGGCUGGGCCUGGAUUACAUACAUCAACUCACUGGCUCGGACGUAAGCGAACUUCUAGUCGAAUUGCAAGAUUUAGAUAUGGCAAGCAAGAGCGCUUAUUAUUCGGCCUUCAGUGUUGGACCUGAAACGGAAGGCUUUCCGUUGAAGGUGUUGGGAGGAUACAGCGGUGACGCCGGUGAUUCUCUACUAUACCAUGCAGGAAGUAGAUUUAGCGCGAAGGAUAUGGACCAAGACGGCUGGCCGGAAGGAAGUUGCGCUCAGGCUCACGGCGGGGCAUGGUGGUAUAGAAGCUGCGAUAUGAGUAACCUAAACGGAAGGUACCUCAGCGGCCAACUUCCCGAACAGUACAUCUACCAAGGAAUGUAUUGGGCCGAUUUUAGAGGAGCCCAGUACAGCCUUAAUCGUGCCAGAAUGUUAGUGAGACCUAGGGAACAAAUUAAUAGUUCGCUGGUAGACGAAAUUUUUAAUAGAAGUAACGUGAUGCCCGCAUUUGUAAGGGGUCGUGUCUGAAAGUCCUCCAUGUAGAUCUUUUCGAAAUACGCUUCUAUUGUUCAGUGCAAGUGCCAUUAAUCGAUUGUCCCGCAGAGACAUUAAGUACAAACUGUUAAUUGAUUUCACUAAACUAAUAUUGUAAAGGAUAUGUGAACAAUAAAGUCUCUUCAUUCAUAA